AUGUUCAAUAUUAUCCGUGGCAAUUAUACUCGCCACUUACGCUUUACGAAAUUUCCUGAAUCAACGUCGUCUUCUGAAAAUAUUAUUCGUGAAAGCGAUAUCCAUAAAUCUCCUAAUCGUUAA